GUUUGGACCUGCGUCACCUAACUCCAGGCGGCAGCGUUCCGUAUCUCUUUCCUAGUAUUCUUGAGAUUUCUCUCCUUAGCUUUCCUUGCUUUGUUUUCCUUGUAAUUAAAGAUGGGCGGCGCUGGAUGGUUGUUCCUGUUCGCAGUCCUCAUGGCUGCGGCUCUGCUUUUCUGCAUGGUUUUCUUCAUUAUUAUGUUCUCGGACUUGGAAUGCGACUAUAUCAACCCCAUAGACCUCUGCAACAAGCUCAACCAAUUUGUCCUGCCCGAAAACAUCGCACACGCCUUUUUAACCAUCCUGUUCCUCAUAUCUGGACAAUGGAUAGCAUUUCUGCUCAAUGCCCCGUUGUUAGUGUUCAAUGCCAACAAAAUACGAAACAAGAACCACAUGUACGACGCGACGGAAAUAUUUAGGACAUUACCGGGGCACAAAAAGGAGAGCUUCAUCAAGCUUGGGUUUUAUCUUUUGUCGUUCUUCUAUUACCUAUACCGAAUGAUUGUUGCUCUCAUUGCGGAGAGCGAGUAAUGAUUUGUAGCCGUCGAGAAUGGCGCCGAAUAACGCAUGCAUGCUAUCGACCCUAUCACUGUUGUGUCGAGUAGGAACUCUACCUCUACUAGUCAGUGGGAGUUGGAUAGGUGCAUAAUUUGAUGAUUCUUAGAAAUUAAUGCUUUGUCGAUGAUUCGCGUUUGUACGUGCAACUAUCUUUUUUUGAUUCUCCUCGUCACACCAGCGUCCCCUGCUGCUUAAAGCUUUAACUGUACGCGUAACAAUACUAACAUCGCGACAAGAAAAUGUGAAU